UGUGAGUGGCAAAAAUCCAAUUAUCUCGCAGUCCUAGGAGUUCGGCCGCUUUCCUCCGCUUUCCGUUUCGCCGCCACCGUCUUCCGCCGCCCUACCUCGCCGUCGCCGACGACAUGCCCGAAACCGCGGCGGAGGCCAACCUCCGUAGGCAACUGGAGCAAACCCUCGCCGCUGAACCCUCCAGCCCGCUCCACCACUACAACCUUGGCGUCUUCCUAUGGGACCGCGCCGAGGCAGAGCAGGAGGGUGAUGGGGAAGAGGCGCGGAAGCUCCGCGCGGAAGCGUCGGAGCAUUUUCUCGCGGCGGCCAAGCUGAAUCCCAACGAUGGCGUCCCCUUCCGCUUCCUUGGCCACCACUAUGCGCGCGGCGGUGACAAUCAACGAGCGGUCAAGUGCUAUCACCGUGCCGUGACCCUCAACCCUGACGACUCUGAGGCUGGUGACACACUCUGUGGCUUGCUAGAUGUUGAAGGGAAGGAGAGCUUGGAGCUUGCUGUCUGCAAGGAGGCAGCUGGCAAGUCACCGCGUGCGUUCUGGGCUUUUCGGAGACUUGGCUAUUUACAGGUUCAUCAGAGGAAAUGGUCAGAGGGUAUACAAAGCCUUCAGCAUGGAAUACGAGGUUACCCAACAUGUGCAGAUUUAUGGGAGGCACUUGGUCUGGCAUACCACCGUUUGGGCAUGUUCACCGCAGCAGUAAAGUCAUAUGGACGAGCUAUUGAACUUGAUAGUUCCAGGGUCUUUGCAUUGAUAGAAAGUGGAAACAUCCAGUUAAUGCUUGGUUACUAUAGAAAGGGAGUGGAGCAGUUUCGUUCUGCUUUGGAAAUGGCUCCAUGUAAUCAUUCAGCAUACUUUGGCCUUGCUUCUGCAUUGCUUGCAUGGGCAAGGAAUUGUGUAACUACUGGGGCCUUUGGUUGGGCUGCUAGCCUGUUGAAGGAAGCUUCAGAAGCUUCCAGAAUUUGUACUUCUUUGACUGGAAACCUUUCAUGCGUCUGGAAAUUGCAUGGAGAUGUUCAGCUCACACUUGCGAGAUGCUUUCCAUGGGUGGAUGGGAAAAUCAAAAGGGUCAUGGAUGCACAGAUGUUCAAAAAUUCUGUUCAAGAGUGGAGAAAUACAUGUUUGUUAGCAGCAAAUGGUGCAAAACUCUCAUAUCAACGUGCUUUGCAUCUUACUCCCUGGGAAGCUAAUGUUCACAAUGAUAUGGCUAUUUGUCUUGAUCUAAUUUGUUCUAUGGAUGAUAAAAACAGAUUCAACCCCAAUGUUUGGGAGCUGCCAGAGAAAAUGUCACUGGGUGCCUUGAUGUUAGAACCAGUUAAUAAGGAUUUUUGGGUUACUCUGGGUUCAAUGUCAAGUUAUCUGGCUUUGAAGCAGCAUUCUUUUAUUAGGGCACUUCAUCUCGAUAUGUCAUUUUCUGAAGCUUGGGCAUGCCUUGGAAAGAUUUACAGGCAGUCUGGUGAUAAGCAAUUGGCAAAACAAGCAUUUGAUCGAGCUCGAAGCAUUGAUCCAUCGUUGGCCUUGCCAUGGGCUGGAAUGUCGGCGGAAAAUUAUCAUCAAUCUGGGAGCAGUCCUGUAAAUGAAUCUUUUGAAAGCUGCUUGAGGGCUGUGCAGAUCCUACCUCUGCCAGAGUUCCAGAUUGGUCUUGGAACAAUUGCAGCCCGUUCUAGUAAUCUUCUGUCACCUCAGGUAUUGAUGGCUGUAAGACAGGCUGUUCAACGAGCACCUCAUUAUCCAGAGUCUCACAAUUUAAAUGGCUUGAUUUCUGAAGUGCGAUUAGAUUUCCGGUCUGCAAUCACAUUUUACUUGCAAGCGAGAUUUGCUUUAGGCAUGAUGUACAAUUCCAUGUCAGAUAAUAGACAAGCCUUUGCUGAUGUUUCAGUGAAUCUUGCCCGUGCACUAUGCAAGGCUGGUCUUGCAAGUGAUGCAGCGCGGGAGUGUGAAGAGCUGAGAUGUCAAGGACUGUUGAGCGUUGAUGGAUUGCAGAUAUAUGCUCUGGCAUUGUGGAAAAUUGGACAAAGCAAGGAAGCUCUUUCUGUAUCUGGAAGCUUGGCUGAAAAUUUAAGCGGUAUAAAGGUGGAGAGUGCCACUGCAGCUUGGGGAUUCAUAUGCACCUUGACGUAUGGAAUUUCUGGGAAGGACUCUGCAGCUGCCAUGAUUCAGAAGCUUCCUGAUCAACUCAAUUACAACUCACAGUUGAAAUUCAUUAUCUCUGCAUUGGAUGCUUUGCAUCCAACCAAACGUCUCCAGCUGCCUCAGUUGAAUAUGCCUCCUAAGCGUACAGCUUAUGAAGUGAUGAGUGAAGUACACUCGAAUAUUGCUCUUGGGAAGGCUAUUGGUGUGGGAUUUGACAAGCCUCUGAGGGUUGAUGGUAGUUUGUCUUACCUGAAAAAAGUACUGCACAUGUAUCCUGACUGCAGUUUAGUGAGAAACCAACUUGGAUCCCUGCUGCUGUGGAGUGGAGAUUGGAUGGCUUCUCACAAAGCAAUAAGGGUUACCUCUCUGUCACAUGGGCACACAUCCAGUAUGGGCCUAAGAUCACCACAUCACAUUCAAGCCUGUGCAAUGGUUUCUUGCUAUGCUACCUGCUGCACGUACACAAAGUUCUCUUUUGCAACAUGUGAACACCAGUACCUAAGUGGACCUGAUGCAAUACACCACCUGCAAAGGUGGGUUCAUUGUGAACCAUGGAACCAAGAUGCACGCUACCUGCUUGUACUUGCCAUUUUCCAAAAAGCACAUGAAGAGAAGUACCCCAAACAUACCUGUGUUAUUCUGAAGAAGCUCAUUAUGCAAGUGUUGUCCAAUAUUAGCAAUCCACAUGAGAAAGAAGCUAUGCAGUAUCAGGUGUUCCUGCUACUUCUUCUGUCAUCAGAGGUCUGUUUGCAAUCUUUAGACUAUGAAAACUGCAUCACCGAAGCUAAAGAAGCUCUAAAACUCACCCCGUCAAGCCGUGUGGAUACUUUUUUUGCAAAUUUGCAACUGUGUCGGGCCUAUGUGGUGCAUGGGGAUCUUUUGAACUCCAGGAAUGAGUACAUGAAAUGCUUGAGAAACCAUACAAAUACUGAGAUUGGCUGGGUAAUGCUGAAGCAACUUGAAUCUGCAUGUUCUUUGGAGGGCUUUUCUGACGAAAUAGAUAUAAAACUGCAUGAAUGUGUUAAAAGGAAUGGCAGCGACUCAUCAAAAUGGACAUCCCUUUUCAAUCUGGCGUGUGCUCAGUGCUUUCUGUGGGGUGGAAACUUUGAAAGCGCUGAAAAAGCUCUUGCUCAGGCAUGUAGUCAAGUAGAUCCGGAUAGCUGCAUCUUGUUCCUUAAUGGUGCAACCUGUAUGGAAAUCGCUCGGAGGUUUGUAGCUCCUCAAUUUAUAUCCCGUGCAGCUUCCAGCCUCAGAAAGGCCCAGCAGAAAUCACAUGCUUCACUACCUCUCGUGUCCCUGCUACUGGCCCAAGCCGAGGGUAGCCUUGGCUCCAAAACCAAGUGGGAAAGAAACCUUCGCCUGGAAUGGUUCUCAUGGCCCCCAGAGCUGAGGCCUGCGGAGGUGUACUUCCAAAUGCAUCUGCUGUCGAGGCAGUCGUCUGCAGCUGUUUCUCAGCAGAACCAGCUGGUGGAGACGAUCCAGAGCCCCGAGUUAUGGUUGCUUCGGGCGAUUCACCUGAACCCGUCCUGCCCCAGGUACUGGAAGGCUCUGCUGCAGCAAAUAUAUGUGUAGCCUUUUGUCUCACAUGUAUCGUCCAUGCGCAUUCUAGCGGGUGACACGUCCGUCGGACGGUGAUAUAUUAGUUGAGAUCGCUGGGGAUAAGUUGGUGGCUCGCAUGUCGUAGUGCUUUGUGCUUUGCGUUGGGAUAGUUUGCACCUGCAAUGUUUUCUGUCCUUUCCAAAAGGAUACUACUGGAUCUUGGAGGAUUAUUGUUUGUCUUUUGUUAAUUAUUGUAACUUAAGUUUGCAGGAACCAACAGACCUCAUCUCUUGGAGUGUAUCUAACAAUUGUAGCUGUUGCUAGCAAUAGUUAAGUGCAUCGAGUAGGAAACA